AUGCGCGUCCGCGUUGAAAGCGGGCUCGGACCCGGAAUCCGCGGCGAGCUCAAGGACCAGCACGUCCACAUCCGGGAUCGGUUCCCGGGGAUUUCCGUAUCCGCCUACGAGGUCCCCUGGCGUGAUACCGAGCCCCCGAGCAACAUACCCGCCGAGGAGCUCGAGCGGGCCACCGUCCUCGUCACCGGCUCCGUCCUGCCCUCCCGGGAGCAGGCGCCCAAUCUCGGCUACGUCCAGCUGAGCAGUGCCGGCGCGAAUCACGUGUUGAAUCAUCCUCUCUUCACCGACACCGAUAUCAUUUUUUGCACGGCCAACGGCGUCCAUGGAGGUAUCCUCGGUUAUGGAAGUAUCGGCCGACAGACAGCUCGCGUUGCAAAGGCCCUGGGAAUGGAUGUCCACGCCUACACUCUCCACCCUCGUGACACACCCGAGUCGCGUCGCGAUACAUCCUACCACCCUCCAGGACUCGGCGAUCCGGAUGGCUCCAUCCCCUCAAAGUGGUUCUCGGGAGACUCCACCGCCGACAUCCAUGCUUUCCUCGGCUCCGAUCUAGACCUCCUCUUUGCUGUUCUCGGCAAGAACAAGACCUUUGUCAGCAACAUCGGCCGGGGGCCCAUCAUCAAGACGGAUGAUUUGAUACAGGCUCUUGAGAACGACGUCAUCAGCGGCGCCGCGCUCGAUGUCACGGACCCGGAGCCCCUCCCAGAUGGCCACCCGCUCUGGAGUACGAAGAACAUCAUCAUCACCCCGCAUGUGAGCGGAAUCUCCACCAGGUACAAUGAGCGUGUCUUGGCCAUCUUGGAAUUGAACUUGGACCGUCUAGUGAAUGGCGAAGAGCUUGCCAACAGAGUCAGUAGGAGAGAUGGAUAUUAA